UGUGUGGUCGGAACAAUGAAUGUUGAGAUUUCUUUACAAUAUUGUAAUAAUAAAUCACGCGAUGGCCGAUAGUAUACAGUUUAAUGAUUAUACAGUUAUAUAAUAUAUGAAUAUAUGAAUGUCACUAAUGCACUGUCAGACUUUGGCGAAAACAAGUCGAAUAUUGUUUUAUUAUGAAUUCCAUAUCGCCGUUGAACGGAGGCGAUAAUUCGAGCAAUCCAACGCCUCUCUGGAAACCCAUUACUGUGAUCAGUAAAUAUUUCCGAGAAAAUAUAUUUCUAAUUACUGGGAACGAAAAUUUUCAAACCGAUCAAGAUAUUUACAUAGUAGCGGUUUCAAGACGCUUAUUACAUAAUUUACCAUUGAAUUUUCUUUCGAAAUCGAAUAGAUUAGAUUUCAAAAUUAGAAAAACCAAAGAACCAGCAGGACUGGACAGCUUCUCCGUCGAAUAUUUUAGGAAGUAUUUGCCAUGUUUUCAUGAUGUCAGUUUAAGUUCUAAGGAUAUUUUAAAUGAAAGCGAAGAAGAUGAUGAGGACAAUAUAGUUUCAUCACAACAUUUUUCGGAAAAAGAAACGUCCUCUUGCUGCAUUAAUUUUAAAUUGAAGAAAUGUACUGAGGAAUUUCCAUGUAUCACUCCCUUAAACCACUUUACCCCUCGCUGGGUUGCACCACGAUCUCCUCAUGCCCUUAUAGAAGAAGAAUUUUCUGAGAAUCCUUGGGCAUUAUUAGUAGCAACAAUAUUUCUAACCAAAACGACUGGACUUCAAGCAAAGCCAUUACUUUGGAAGUUUUUGCGAGAAUUUCCAGAUCCAAUUAGUGUGAUUUGGGCAGAUAUCAAUGAACUAGAAAAAUAUUUUAUCACACUGGGUCUCACAAAACGAGCAACUAUGAUACAGAAAAUGUCGAAGGAGUUUCUGCAAGGAAGGUGGCGCAAUGCUAGCGAUUUGUGCGGAAUUGGGCAAUACGGAGAAGAUGCCUACAGAAUAUUCUGCCUUGCAGAAUUGAACUUCGAACCAUGCGAUCGAUACUUGAGAUUAUAUGUGGACUGGUUGAAUCGCAGAGAUUAUGAAGUCACCGAAUCUUCCCAGAUGAUGAAUUAAUAUAAUUGUUAUUUAUUAUUUUUUGUUAUUAUUUGAUUA